GCGUGAGUGAGUAAUCUCCACCUCAUCCCUCCAUCAUCAGCCGCGCGCUGACCUCUGACAGCAAACGCGGAAGCAGCAUGGCGUCAAACAGCAGCAACGCACAGCAGAGACUCAGAAUCAUCGCAGGACAUCUGCAGAAACACAGGACAGAAGAUGGAAACACGAGCGUCGCGGCGCAGGAGUGCAAAGCCGAGGCGUCGCGGUCCGAGCCGAGCAGCCUGACACCGGUGCCGAAGAGGAGGCAGGAGAUCAUGAAGUGGAAUGGCUGGGGUUACAGUGACUCCAGGUUCCUGUUUAAUAAAAAGGGCCAAGCAGAGUUCACAGGCAAACGGUACCGUUUGAGUGGGCUGAUCUUGCCGAGUCUGAAGGACUGGUUCGAGGGCACGUUUGGAGCCAGUUUACUGCAUAAAUCUCCUGCCACACCCACUCUGAAUUUAAGCGCAGUCGCUCCUCCUAAGCUGAGCGAGCCCUUCAUGGAGGAUCUGAAAGCGGCGAGUGUGUCCGCGUCACAUGACCCGGAGGACCGGGUUUUCCGAGCGCAUGGUCACUGCCUGCAUGAGAUCUUCGCCCUGCGCGAGGGGAGGAUCGGACGCGUGCCCGACAUGGUGGUUUGGCCCAGCUGUCACAGUGAUGUGGAGAAGAUCGUGGAUCUGGCCUGUAAACACGACGUCUGCUUGAUACCCUACGGAGGCGAGUACCUUCACAA